UUAGAAAAUCUGAAAAUCUUUUCUAAGCAAUAUCGUCACGAGCCGUCUACUAAAGGUUUGGGGAGUUAGGGUCCCACCUUUUUUCUUCCAGAAACGACGAGCAUCAGCAUGGAUGGACAAACCACUGAUGAUGGGUGAAACCGUCGUCGUUUUGCCACAGUGGUGAGUGAGUACAAGUGUCUCCAUAAUACGACACAGCAGAGAUUCGUGGAAAGCACGCUUUUCUAUGCCUCGCACACUCAAUCUGACCGUUCAAUUUUGCCACCUGUAUUUUACCUCUCCCAGUUCAAUUUGCAAAUUGCAACCACAACUCACCUAUACUUCCUUUCCUUCCUGUUCCUCGUAUGUAUAUAAAACCUCCAUAACCCCUUCCAUGCCGCUCCACUCAAACCGAUUUCACCUCUGUUUUCAAGUUUGAAACAACUAUUAUUACUAUUUCUCAAUAUUUAUUUAUAUAUUCAUAGAAAUUUCUUAAGUUAUUUCUGAAAAUACAGAUUUACGAUUUGAAAAAAGGGGUAAUAAAAAUGGCAAAUAAUCUAACCUUGACUGGUUUGUUGAAGAAGGCCGCCGUAGAAUUUCCCGAUCGACGAGCUAUUUCAUUAUCCGGUAAAUACCAUUUGACUCAUGCUCGAUUACAAGAGAUUGUUGAUCACGCGGCUUCUCUCUUACUCGCUUCCGGCAUCGGCCAUGGCGACGUGGUUGCUCUCACUUUUCCUAACACCGUCGAGUAUAUUGUGAUGUUCUUAGCUGUGAUUAGAUGCCGAGCCGUAGCCGCGCCGUUGAACGCGGCUUACACAGCUGAGGAGUUCGAGUUCUACCUUUCUGACUCAGAAUCAAAACUACUCAUUACGGGGCCUGAAGGAAUUGAGGCGGCUCAAGCCGCGGCUUCGAAACUCAACAUUGUUCGCGUGACUGCCACCCUACCCGGAAGCGGCGACGGCCUUAUAGCCCUCUCUUCUUCUGCCAAUAACGAGUCAAGCCUCGACUCGGUGGCGGAAAUCACAAACGAUCCGUCUGACGUGGCACUCUUCCUCCACACCUCUGGCACGACGAGUCGCCCGAAGGGAGUUCCCCUAACGCAACUCAACUUGGCUUCGUCUGUUCAAAACAUAAAAUCGGUGUACAAACUCACUGAGUCCGACUCGACCGUAGUGGUUCUCCCUUUAUUCCACGUACACGGAAUGAUCGCCGGAUUGCUGAGCUCGCUCAUCGCCGGAGCCUCCGUGACUCUACCUGCCGCCGGGAGAUUCUCCGCCUCGACGUUUUGGUCGGACAUGAUCGCCUGCAACGCCACGUGGUACACAGCGGUACCUACGAUUCACCAGAUUAUUCUCGAACGCCACCUCAACAAGCCUGAGCCAACUUACCCGAAGUUGCGGUUCAUUCGGAGCUGCAGCGCUUCGUUAGCACCGUCCAUAAUGGCUCGGCUUGAGGAGUCAUUCGGCGCGCCGGUUUUGGAGGCGUAUGCAAUGACGGAAGCCGCUCAUUUAAUGGCUUCAAACCCAUUGCCGGAAGAUGGGGGCCACAAACCAGGCUCAGUUGGUAAGCCCGUGGGCCAAGAGAUGGCGAUUUUGGACCAAAAUGGGUCGGCCCAAUUAGCUGGGGUCAGUGGCGAGGUCUGUAUUAGAGGGCCCAAUGUAACCAAGGGUUACAAGAACAACCCUGAAGCUAACAAGGCAGCUUUUCAAUUCGGGUGGUUUCAUACCGGUGAUGUCGGUUAUUUCGAUGAAGAUGGUUAUUUGCACCUGGUUGGCCGGAUUAAGGAGCUUAUCAACCGUGGAGGGGAAAAGAUAUCACCAAUUGAAGUAGAUGCAGUGCUUUUGUCGCAUCCGGACAUAGCUCAGGCAGUGGCUUUUGGAGUACCUGAUGAUAAAUAUGGUGAAGAGAUCAAUUGCGCUGUAAUUCCAAGGGAAGGAUCAGAGGUAGACGAAGAUGUGGUUUUACGUUUUUGCAAGAAAAACCUUGCAACUUUUAAGGUCCCAAAGAAAGUCUUCAUAACUGAUUCCCUACCCAAGACUGCUACCGGAAAGAUUCAACGGCGAAUCGUGGCCGAACACUUCCUUGCUCAAAUCUCAACCGCCAAAGUUCCCAAGUUUGGUGCUUAGUUCUAUGAAUGCAAAUGCAUUAUUUGUGACAGUCCACUCAGACAUUUUUUAACAAAGUUCCCUUCUGCUUCUUUUAAGAGUGCAUGUGUAUUAAAAUAUUUUCAUUAUUUUUUAUGUUUUCAUCUCUCAAUAUACUUAGUAAUAGUAUGUGUACCUUAACAAUAACCAAAGAUUUGGGUAAGUACACAUUUUAAGAAUUGAGAGGAAAGUGUAGAAAAGAUUGGAAAAAAAAUAAAAAAAAUCAAAGCUGUAGUAUGUAGAGUGGAUUAUUUUAUUUGUGAAAUAAGACAAAUUUUUAAAUACAAA